GAGAGUACAGCACACCCGCGAGGCAUCAUGACCAGGAGAUCCUGUGCCAUUUACGCCACCGGCAUCGUGUGCGCUCACCUGCUGAUCGUGGGGAUCGCCCUGGUCGUGGCUCAAGUCUUCCAAACAAUGAUACAUAGCCGGUUAAAGAAGGAGAUUACUUUGACGGAGAAGAGCCAAAUGUUUGAGUCCUGGAAGAAUCCACCUCCGCCCGUUUAUAUGGAGUAUUACUUCUUCAAUGUGACCAAUCCAGACGUGUUCCUGAAAGGCGGGAAGGCAGCUGUUGCACAGAUCGGACCCUAUACUUACAGGGAGUACAGGCCAAGGGAAAAUGUAACUUUCCUGGAGAAUGGCACCAAGGUUUAUGCCCUAAACCCCAAAACCUUUGUCUUUGUGCCCGAGAAGUCCGCUGGUGAUCCCACGGUUGACGUCGUCACGACUGUCAACAUCCCCUUUGUGGCGGUGAUGAACGAGCUGAACUCCUACUCCUUCUUUCUACGAACUUUCGUUUCCAUGUACAUGAACAGCCUGGGCAUCAAGAUGUUCAUGAAUCGCACUGUCCACGAGGUUCUGUGGGGAUUCAAAGACCCUCUCCUCACAAAGCUCCACUCCAUGAAGCCUGAGGUGGACGAAUAUUUUGGGCUGAUGUGGAAGAAAAAUGGCACUCACGAAGGAGAGUUUGUGUUCCACACCGGCGAGGAGAACUACAUGGAUUAUGGCAAGAUCGACACGUGGAACGGCCUGAGGAAGAUGUCGUGGUGGUCUUCCAAUCAGAGCAACAUGAUCAAUGGUACGGACGGCGCCGUCUUCCACCCUCUAAUAAACAGGAGCGAGUUGCUCUACAUCUUUGCCGCCGAUCUCUGCAGGUCUAUUCAUUUAGCCUACGUGGAAGACGUGGAGGUGAAAGGCAUCCAGGCCUACCGCUUUGCACCCCCCAGUGACGUCCUCAUGAGUCCCAAAGAAAACCCCACUAACGAGGGCUUCUGUGUGCCAGCUGGAGACUGUCUCGGCACCGGGGUGCUUAAAGUCAGCGUUUGUCGAGAAGGGGCUCCCAUCGUGGUGUCUUUCCCCCACUUUUAUCAGGCGGACCCUGUGUACGUCAAUGCCGUUGACGGGCUCAACCCCAACAAGGAGGAACACGAGACGUACCUUGACCUGCAACCGACCACGGGAGUUCCCAUUCGUGCCUGCAAGCGAGCCCAGCUCAAUAUCAUUUUGAAGAGAGUCCAAGGCUUCCCAAGUACCAAGUUUAUCAACGAGACCAUUUUCCCCAUCAUGUUUGUCAAUGAGACGGCGACCAUUGAUGAUGACUCAGCAGCCCAGAUGAGGACGAUGCUCCUGAUUGUGACCCUUGUGUCAAACUUCCCAUUGCUCAUCGUGGGUAUGGGCAUCAUCCUGCUGCUGGUGCUCGUGGUCUUGUUCUGCCGAAACCGCCAGAAGAAGAAUGAAGUAAAACGUAUUGAUUUUACUGAAGCUUUUCAUUCUUUUACUACGGCAAAAGAAGACACGGCCUACACGCAGGUCAGCGACAAACCGGACGAGCCCUCGGAAACGGCAGCCACCCAGCCAGUGAGGAAUGGCUCCUACAUUGCCAUGUCUCCAGUGGAGGCCCAGAACUGUUGAUCGAGGAUCUCCUCCCCCAAGUGUGGAGCUCAGGAAUGGGGCUGAGGGAGCAGCACAGGGGCGUUAAAUUACCACGGGUGGGGGUUUACAC